AAUAAUUCAUGAAUGAUUUCAGGAACCGUCAAAUGGCAAUAACAAGUCUUUUGUGUUUGACUGCAGACUUCAUUCUAAUUAUGCACCUCAGUUGAUGACUACAGAUGCUUUCGCUCAAAUAAUCCGCCGCAGACAUCUACAUUCACCCUUCUUUUGCAUGAACUAAUGCUCUCUGUGUUUCUAGACAAAGCGAUCUAAAAGUCGGUGGUUCUUCUUUCUGAUAGUUCUUUCUUCGUUCUGACUCAACGGGAGGUGUAUAGCUGACCGCACGGGUCGUAUUUUACAGUUUACAAAUCAGAGCGAAUACAAAGUCGCGAUGCCCAGCACGAGGAACAGAAGUCGUGUACCUGACCAGUCAAGCAAUAAAAUCGGCGUGAGCGAUUUUGAAAAGAGAGAAUUCGUCUCGCGAGUGAAAAGAUGUAAACUUAAAACGAAAAAAACGCCUAACAACAAGAAAUUACAUGGGCAAUUCGAGGAACAGACCGAAGGUAUGUAAAAGUACAUCAGUAUUUUGAUACCACAAAAAUAUAUAAUUACUAUCUUUUGUGUCCGCUUAAUAAACCUCAAUAGCAUGGAACAAAGGUGAUGUCAACCGUCGGUCAUAACAAAUAGGUACGUUUUUUUCUAGCAAUAUUUCCGUAUGCAUCUACCAGCUUACGAGAUAGCCGUUACACUUUUUCAAAGUGGAACAAUUCAUUUUAUAAAGAAGCAAUCAAUGAUAAUUUUCUAUUUUUGCUGACGUAAAGAAAUACAGUCAAGUUUCUGUAGCAUUACGUCACUAUUUUGCCGAAGGCAACACACGUUGUGUUCCAUUCAGAGUGAAUAUAUUCUUGAAAGCUUGUUAGAAACAUACGGUGUAAGCCCCAUAAGCUACCAUGGCUGAAUGACCGCCAUUAGAUAUUUAAAAGUUUUACGCUCCAUAAGAGCUUUUAGAAUCAAAAUUAAUCCAUGCCAUUGUCUAUAUAAUUACCCUUCAGAGAGUUAGAUUUUGCUGAUUGAAAUUCCCUCGCACGAAAUGUUGUGAGUGAACGAGUUGCUUGCCUGACUGCGCUUUUACGCAAGUCGCACUGUAAUGUUUUGAAAACGUUCCCGCCUGGUUUUAUUGCAACAGUUUCGGCUCAGGCAAGCGAAGAAAAUGCGCAAACGUUCGAAAAAAAGUGAUAUUAAGAAAUCAUGGUAUAGAGCACGGCGCGUAAAAAUGAAAACGUCUCAUGUGUAUGAACUUCAGAGCGCUAUUUGAACUUGAGUGCUGCGGAUUAACUGUCACUGAAUUGAAGGGCUUCACGACAAAUGACUUGGCAUUGUCUCGACUUAAUAUUGAAGCUGCUUAUGAGGCUAUUUCGUGGCCAUGAAUCAGCUAUAAGUCUACCAUCACUCACGUAAAUAUCGGAUUAAAAAUUGAGGCAUACUUUCAGUGGCUAGCGCUCAUUUCCAGAAGGUCUGCGCUGACAAACAAACGUUCGUAAGAUUACAAGCGUGUUGAUAGAAACAAAUUUGUUGGUUUCCUGUCCCAUUGUCAGCUCAGUUUUUCUUUUUUUACAGACACCGAGUUGAUAAUGAAAGAUAGCAAGGGAAGAGUUCCGAAAACGAAGAAAGAACAACUAACGGAAACAUUGCUUUGGUAAGGUUUAAUCUUUGUUGUAAGACUAUGGUUUCCUGUAAAGGUGUCACCGUUUCAAGUGCCGCUGAAGAUUCCAAUUCACACUUCUAACACUUCUUAAUUCUUUCAGUUAUUAACAAUUAGUUCGGCUCUGCUUUCUUUCAAACGGCAACGCUUUCUUUUAAGGGAUCUAGGUGCAAAAAAUUUUGAGUGAAAACCGCAAAGCACUUCAAAACAAAUUUGCACAUCUUACCAACUAGGACGACAGAAACUAACAUUUUUUCGUUAAGAAAAAAAAUCCAAAAAUAACUUUAAACGAAAAGCAACUGUAUCAUCAAAAUCGCUCUGUAGAUCCAGUUACUAUUAUUAACAAGGUUUUAGUAGGUUAAUAGAAGUUAUGUCAUGCUUUAAAUAAAUUCACAUUUUUACUGUGUAGUAUUUACUGUAAACACAGUCUUUUCAUCCUAUUUGCAUGUCACAGAUCAAUUUGUUUCCACAACACUGAUUUCAUAUUUUAAAAAAUUGUCUGUAGCGAUUUGUGCGUACUGCCUUAAUAUCGGCACUAAUUUGCUAGAUGUGGUUUCUACAAAAUCUUGUGAAUCUUCACACGUGUUUAACUACGUCCGGAAAUUCGGCGGAAGACAAAAAUUGAAAAACCACAUUACUAGUAAUUUAGUUGAAGUAACAGCGUGAACUGCAAACAACACCAGUUACUGCACAGAAUAUUUUUUUUCAAUUUAAUAUGCCGUUCUCUUUAGAAACCCCGUCAGCAAAAUCUUUUGAACUUAUUUAGACAAGGAGUAUCUCUCAGCCGUUAAUUAACUGUGUUGAUAUCAUUGAUACUCUUGAGAGUUCUAUUUUGGUGUUUUCAGCAAACUUGAGGUUCGUAGCUGUCAGCUUAAGUCAACUCUGUCAGGCGUAAAAUAAAUGAAUAUUUCUUUUCGGUUAACAGCUUGUAAGUCUGUAAGUAAACAAGUCUUAUACAGUGCGCCUAAACCUUUCAUCGAUUGACGUUCAUUAUGGUACACAAAAGCUUUGACGCACACUAGUCUUGGACUAGAUAUUAACCCAUGUCACCCAGCCAGAAAUACGUGGAUUAUUUUACAGAAUUGUGCCAUCCGGAAUUUCUUAAGACUUUAUCAACAAAAGAGACACUUGCUUUGGUAAAAUGCUUUUAGCAAAUUUCUGUUAAAGAAAAUACAAUUAGGGAGCUCAUGUUUCUAAAUGUUUUUUAAUGGAUUUUCGAGUUGGGAGUUGUAGACCUUGCAGCAAAAUUUUGUACACAAUUUUUUUUACCAUUUCGAGGGAAGUACAUUCAUUUCAUUCCAGAAUAUUUUCUGAAUUUUCUGACUUAUUUUUUAUAUGGUAUACAAGCUGUCGUUGUAGGAAAAUUAAUCAAUGAAGAUUUUAGUUUAGCGAAAGUGUCUGAUGACAGGAGCAAUUUACAAGUUACCACCUGUUGAUUUUAAGUGAAACAGUUACAGCAUUUUCAAAUUCUGCUAUGUACGUGACACUUUCGUUCCAAGGGCAAGGUAACUUAUCGGAUAGACAGUUUGUUUACGACGGGAAAGAAAUUCCUUCCCUCUUUAAGCUGACGUGCUAUGCGUUAAAAUCUUGCGGUUGAACUCGAUUCAAUUAAUUUGUUGAAAGCGUCGUGAUCACAAAAGACCGGAAAACAAAUUCUCGAACCCUUGGAGGCCAGCGGGUUUUAAUUCGAACACUUCAAAUGUAAAUUGUCAUGAUGUUCUUAAAACUUAGACGUUUGGAAAUAAAAUAACGUCACGGAAAGAAUGGAGAUUAGGCCACAAAUUAGGAAACCAUACGUGAUCACAAAACAGAUGUGUCUUUCCGUUUUGAGCACAUGACAGGGGUGCUCGAAAAAUAUUUCACCGGAGGCACGAUUUUUUUAUUUCUACCACAAUCGGGUUAGGAAAGUUUCUUGGAGAAAAAUGUGAAAAUUUACCAGUGGAUUGCAGUUAGUUUUAUGACGUUUUAAGUUUCUGAAAAGAGAAGAAAAAGAUUGCCUAAAAAAGGAUUCGACGCUCAUUUUUUCCCCUUAGGAAGUAAGAGUUAUUGCACUAACAGACUCGAAAAUUCUCCUCACAUCAAAUAAUGGCUUUAAUACGAGAUUACAUUAUUUCUUAUUAAAGGUCAGAAACAUACUUAUAUUUAGCAUUAUUUUAGAUGGUUUAGAGUAACCUUGAUACUUAAAACUAUUCUUUUGUUUGGUCAAAAGUCAAGGAAUUAUGCCUUUGUUUCGCGUUCAUCUUAUUACGGAUAUUCAAAACAAGAGAUUAAUCUUAACAUGUUAUCUAUUACUCUUCUAUCGAGAAUUUUCUACGGAGAAUUUUCCACCAAAAUACUUUGGUGUAAAGGUCGAUUGGAUUCCAUCUUGUAAAUAAAUAAUGACAGAGACAUUUGACGUCUUCAGUGUUUGUUGUUCGAAUAAAAGAUUGAAAGAAUGCGGCCUUGCUCGGUGCUAAUGCCAACCAAAAUAUUGAGUUAAACGUAAACAAUGAGUCACCGAGGAAAUAAAUGGGUGGACUUGAAUUAUUCUGAAAUACAGAGCUUGGGAAAUGAAAAUGUUCUCGGCAAAUUCCUAAAAACCCUUCAAAAGCUGAUAUAGCUAAUUCCUCUUUCCGAGAAAACCGAGUCUUUGAUAAAGAAACAUUGUGUGAAGUCCAGUCGUCUCCCACAUACAUCAAUGGGUGUGGUAUUCGUCACGCAAAGAUGUUUCUAAAGUUCUGUAGUCUCUUUGAACGUUUACACGAAUUACUAAGCGGUUUUUCACUAAUUUCCAGCAAGCUUAUCCAACAUAUAUCACCUGAGCAGUUUGCUAUCUAUUGGUUGUGAACCAAUUCAGACGCACUUUUUCAAUGUUUACGGAGUUAAAACUCUUCCCAGUGACUGCCUAGAGAAUUGUGAAAACGAAAUCUGAACUGAAUACAUCUUUUACGCCCUUUGAUUGAAUGAAUGACAGAUAAAUGAAUUACUCUCUGGUCCUCCUUACAAGGCAAAUGUCACUGCUUCGAAAAGAGCACUUUUUUGUUGCAGUUAAGCAUGGGUAUAUUGCAAAGAUAUAUAAAUUUUGACCAUAAAUGUUAUAUAAUUCUACUGCUUUUACAGGCUUGAAGAAAACUAUGUAAUGUGUGAAGGUGUCUGCCUUCCACGCUGUAUUCUGUACGCUCAUUAUCUGGACUUCUGUCGAAGGCAUAGUGUCGAUGCAGCAUGUGCUGCAACGUUUGGAAAGGUAAUUUUAUUCGAUAUUUUUUUUUUGGCAAGAGCGCAUUUGACUGGUAUACUACACUCAGCAAAGAGCCAGCGUAUCUCUCUCAUCCAAUCAUAGACAUGCACACUACCUGUAAGCUCGGCCAAUCACGUCCAGCGAAUGAAAAUAACCAUGUUGCCAGUCGCGUGACUUUUCCCGACGUUCUUCACUGGUUGUAUGCAAAGGACAAGAAGUGAUGAUGAAAUUGAUUCCUUUUUAUUAAGCUUAAAACUCUGAAAUUUAUACGAGAGAAAAGUUUUCGUACGACUCGCUGUAUCAACCUGAAGCGAUAAACUUUGGACAUUUUUUUUGCGCUAAGUUUUUCGCUGCUGGUUGUAUUCCUAAACAUGAUGGUCGAAGAUGUGUUUUUGUAAUCCUUGUUUAUUUUGAACUGAAAUUGUUUUGAAUAAUUUAUUUAAGUCAUACAAGAAGACAAUGCUUAGCAAAAGAAGAUACCUUUCUGAUGACAGAGUAAUUAUCAAAUUCUCUUUGGUGGGUUUGAGUUAGUUUCUCGAUAAAUGUUCCAAAUAAAGGAAAAUCUAUUCCGGAACAAAAUUGACUGUGCCAUAAGAAGACAAUUCAGAGUGUAUGUCUUCUCUAGAGAUUUUUAUGAUUUUCUGGGUUUAAAAUCUCGAACUUUUUGACAGCAGGUAAUACAGGCUAGAAAUCUUAAGCUAUUUUGUUUUUAUUUUCAGACGAUACGACUGAAGUUUCCUCAACUAACCACAAGAAGGCUGGGAACCCGCGGUCAUUCAAAGUACGAUGGCAUUGACUGAACCAAUUUGUUUUUUGAAUCGCUAAUCGUUUCCAAGAUUUCGUUUAUUUAAACGAGCACUUAACAAUAAUCUCUUGCCAUCUCUCUCAGAUAUCACUACUACGGAAUAGGUAUCAAGGAAUCCUCUGCUUAUUAUCACUCGGUAUACUCAGGCAAAGGUUUAACGAGGUGAGGGAAAUAAUUCUCCGUAUUGACUUCUUGUCAUGGUAUACCAAGCGACAUCUCGCUGCUUAUUUUGAGCUGUGUAAUUAAAUGGGUUUCUGUAGAAUAAUGGGGUUUGUUUAUUGAAAAGACAAUAGAAAUGCCGGUUCUUUCUUAUUCAAAACUCGUCGGGGAUGAAAAACGGAAGUUUGUAAUGUAAAGAAGUGUAAACUUUAAACACAGUAGAAAAAUUACGUGGCAAAAAAUAGCGUAAAUCUGCGGUCUUACAAUGCAAUUUUCUCCGUUUGCAGACAUAUGUGAUGUUGAGGUCUUUCCUCCAUCUUAAAUUAAGUACACAUCUAGAAAUUAAGUUGUUCCAUUUAUUUCAAGGUCACUUAAUCAUUUGACACCUUUUAAAUUAAGGAGGCUAUACACAAAGUCAGUUACUUUAACGAACAAUACAGCAUUAAUUGAGCUCCGGAGGGACACCAAAAUGAAUCGCCUAAGAAUAGAAAAAUAUGUUACUCCCAAAGAACAUAAAAGCAAAGAUAUACAUGACUAAGACUCUCUCAGGGGUUUCCAUUUAAACCGGUUAUUGGCGGUUUGCCGCCGCCUGUAGGACCUCGCACCGCCGUCUGUUCCGCUGGCGAGUAACUUCGUGUGUUUGGUUUCGACUUACGGCACAGCCGCCCAGCCCAUCUCACCAUCGGCAACCGCUUGUGGACUGAAAACGUUAUUGAAACCCCUACUAUAUAAAUGUGUAUAUAAAAGAGUUGACAACUUCGUGCGUAGGAGUGUUCUUAAAUGGUAACCAGCUGAGAUCAAAAUACUUUACAGCCCAUAAUCUUUCUUAAGCCGAGAGGUCAAGCCCGGCUAACGUUUAUGAUUUUAAAGCUUUUUUAACUCUUCAAUAAAACGCCCCAGCUGUUUUUGAUUUCCAUGAUUCACUCGCAAACUUAAACGCCACUUCGAUUUUUUUUUCUAUCUGAAUGAUUUUGUUUUUUCAAAGUUCCAUUUAAACCAGACUUUUGAGUAUUUUUAGAGAGGUAUUCUUGGUGUGUGGUCUGUUUGCAUACUGCUGAAUUAAUUGUCUUUUACAUUAAAAGGGGUGUUUUUCUCCCAAUGUUUCCUUUGUAAUUGGGCAAAACAUAGGAACGGGAGCGACUGAACGGCGAGUCAAUUUAGAAGACUUAUUCUACCUCAAAUUACAACAAAGAAAUUCUAGACUUAACAACUGAAAUAUAUAAAAGCACGGCUUAAGUUCAUUCCGCGCCCGCGAUCAGAAGAGACAUGCAAACUAAAGGGCGAACGAGGCUGAACGGUUGUCAGGGGAAACGGCAACGGAAAGAGCGUUUGUUCCCAAACUCCCGCUAUUUUUUGUCCUGCCUUCUCCGAAUGUAAGCCUGACACAGGCCGCUAGCACUCACAGGCUUGUUUUCGUGCGAUUCUGUUUGUCCUUUCAUUGCAAAGAGUGACCAAGAUGUAAUUUCUCUUUACAAUACCAACACAAUGGUACACAGAUUUUCGAUGAUAUUAAAGAAGAAUUUCAACAGGGGGAUAUUAUCUGAUUUACCACUAUAUUCUCAGAUCUAACACUAGUUAAUACAUAUGGCAAAUGGAAAGGAGAAUCACUACUAAAAUCUGAUGAUUGAAAGCGUUUAACAGCCACCGCUGAUAGCACCACUGACCCACAUACAAAACAUGAUGUGUAGGUUUCGCCACGUUUCGAUUUCACAGGAUACCCAAGUAAAAGUUUGCUUCUCAAGGAAAUGCAGGGAUAGCCAAAAUUACACUCAUAUACCUCCGGCUUCAAACUAUUCACUGAUGCACGGUGACCGAAAUUAUUUGAAAAAGUGAUUCACGACGGUAUAUAUCUAACCGUCUGCCUCUCUAAAAUUUCAGUUUAAUCUAAUAUCUUCAUCAAUCUUUCCAUUUCAAACAGAUUUUCAGGGUCAAAAGUCAAGAAUGAGGUAAAGACUGUUCACGACCAAAAACGUGAUAUGUUAUUGCUAAGAUUUACUUAAAUGAGCAAUUUUCCUCAGUGCGAGAUUUAAUUAUUUUUGCCCACACACUAUUUACCAAUGUUCUAAUAUCUUUCCUUAAAUAUUUUUUCUUUUCGUUAACGCACACCUCAUGCAUGAUACUAAUAAACAAGAUACUUUCUUUGAAUAUAGAAGCGAUCCUCGCAGUUAUGAACACUACUGAACUAGUAGUUGAAAUGAGACCUGAUGAAAUUCAGGCCCGUACGGGAUUUAAACCCAUGACCUCUGCGAUACCGUUGCAGCGUUCUACCAAUUGAGCUAACAAGCCAACUGGGAGCUGGUCAUUAUGUUGGUUCCAAAUAAACCCCCUAAGUGGUGAAUAAUCAUUGUAAAUAUAUGAAAGCAUAUAUGUGCAUUGUGGUUGAAGAAACGAAUAUAGCUCAGUUGGUAGAGCGCUGCACCGGUAUCGCAGAGGUCAUGGGUUCAAAUCCCGUACGGCCCUGGAUUGUUUUCAGGCUUUAUUUCAGCUACUAGUUCAGUAGUGUUCAUAACUGCAAGGAUCACUUCUAUAUUCGUUUCUUCAACCGCAGUGCACAUAUCUGAUUUUCAUAUAUUUACAGUCAUUAAGUUACUUUCUUGUUUGCAGGGCUCAUUUUCAGUUCGAAAAUACUCACUCAGCUCCAAAACUGGAACACUGUUACCAGAUUUCCCAAAUCCAAGGCUACUGGAGUUACCGGAGAAAAUAUCAUUAGAAAAGGUAAUGAGUUUUUACAACAGGAAACAUCAAUUAUCUAUUUGAAUUUUCCUGCCUCUGAGUAUUGUGUGGUCACAUUACACUAUCCCUUUCCACCCUAACAUCAGUAUGCAUAUUCUCCAUACUGUUCUUUACACGUUUCCUAAGUUGCUAACAAGGAGAAUUUGUUUAACAGUCAAGAGCUUCUUUAGCUGGUGAUCAUUACCUUUAUUCUCAUGACCCAAAUAUGUGACUCAGGGUUGAUAUUGUAGGGAGAAAUUAGAUGCGAGUCACUCUUAGGGAGUAAAGGGUUAAAAUCUCUAGUUGAUAUGUUUUUAAAAAUGCAAGAGAAAGAUGUCAAGUGCGCGGCUUGUACAGCCAGGUAGAACCAUGUUCUCUUUUUCUUUAUACAAAUUUAUAAUACACCAUUUCAGCAGCUAUAGAUAUGCUAACAUAGAUUCCCUGGCGACUACCAUGACAAAAUGCGAAAUUAUCCCUUCCAGCUAUCACAUAUUUCCUCUUGGAUCAUUCUAAAGCAUUUGGUGUUUCUUCAAGGAAGCACCACCUGUUGAUAAGAUUUUUUUUCCAUUCUCAUCACCUAUUUACUAAAUAUUCUUUUGAAAUUAUUAGGAGAGGAAUUACUCGUUGAAUAAUUGUUGUAUUUAGGGGGGUUAAAAUCGAAAUGAAACUUCGACAAUAUUUUAAUUUUGGUAUUAAAACUGUGCAUACGACUUUUAACAUGUUUUCAGGUUGAAACGUUCGUAGUUAUGUACAAGACUCACUGUCAAUGUAUACUGGACACUGCAAUUAAUGCAAAUUUUGAUGAGGUAAGCUGAUACAACUGGCGAGGUUCAUAGAAUGAUUUGUCAUACAGGUUGUCCCAUACCAUUGGUGCCUUGGUAAUCUCACUGUCCUUAAAAAACUCCUCAUUGUAAUGAAAUAAGUAGUCACCCUAAAGAUAAACUACGAGCAUUUCCUUCUUUUCGACUAAGAUCGUCGCGCGAGUUAAGAAAAAUCGUCGAUAAAAAAAAUGAUGUAAGCGCGUCGCGCGGAACUCUAAGAGUGAGGCGCUACUUUUCGUGCACUCAACUCCCAGAGGUUCGUGCGUCUAUCCUUAGUGAAUUUUCCAGGCGUUUUUAAAGUUAGCUGUGCACAGUCCAACCUGACUAAACAAGAUGACAUGCUUUCUGCGUCUCAUUUCAGAUAAAAAAUUUUCUUCUCCAUUUUUGGCAAGGAAUGCCCGAUCACCUUCUGCCACUGAUGAACACAGAGGUCGUUGCUGAUGUCAUUUGUGUUUGUGACUCAAUUUUAUACAAGGUACUCAAAUAAACGAUUCUAUAAAUCUAGUGUCUGUUCAUCCAGAAGAAUAGAUUUCAGUUUUGCGUUUUUCUUUUAUCAGCUUUCAUCUCAAAGAAAUAUGCAAUGAUUAAUAUAACUCAGUCAGAUUUUUUACUUCCUCGAUCAUGAUUCUAUUAUUUGAAAAUUACAUUCAAAGGCUUUUUAGGCCUUUCUUUAGGAAUGUUGUCAGUGAAAUAGUCAACUUUGCGUGGAAGCACUAUAUCGAUAUUCCUAUCCUAGCUGUACAAGGGAAGUUUGUCACUAUGGACAUAGUUACACUGUAGCCUUCUACAGCUCAGUGGUAGAGCGUCCGGAAGGUCUUAGGUUUGGCUCCUAUGAAUGGGAGAACUCGUAGUUUUUAUUAUCCGAGUAUACCCGUGCAUUCACUAAAAAACAUUAUCAUUCACUUGAAAAUCACGAGGCUUAAAGUUUACUAUCUUCAUUGACGUCAAAAUAAUCUAUUUUUUAAUUCCGUUUCUUGUCAGGUUCUCAUGGAUGUUUUGGUUCCAUCUACAAUGCAAGACGUGCCAGAAGGGUAAACUGACAUUUAUGCCUUUUUCGGAUGAACUAUAAUCUUAUGCUUGAAUUGCAAAUUAAACAUUGUUUAAUUUUUUUAUCUCUCAUUUCAGUCUCCUCGCUGAUAUUAGGACCUUCGCGAGACAUUUGGAGUCCUGGGUAAUAGCUGCUACAGUUGAGCUACCGGAUUAUCUUAAAAUGGGAAAAAUUCAAGGUUUGAUAACAUUGUGACCGGAAAUUUAUUUAACGUUUAUUUCUGACAUAUUAUUCCUUAUUUCUCUUUAGAGUAGCCUUCUUAUUUCAUCUUUUAUUCUGUUUUAUAUUUAGCUGUGAGACGUUUUGUUCAGUCACUGAGAAGACAGACAUCUUUCCUGCAUCUUGCACAGGUAAGAAAACCGAGCCAGCAGAGAGAACCUAAAGUAACUCUAGGCAAGAUUAUGUCUUGAACUCUUUUGAACUCUUGGAAAUCUUUAUCAAGGAUACUUAACGCCAAUUGCAAUAACGGAAAAAAAGUCUCAAAGGAUGCAAGUUAACCUUGAGAUAUAAUUAGCUCUGAGAGAAAUUGUAUGUAUAAUUUCUCCGUACGAUUUCGAUACAUCAUCCAGCGAACAGCUGACGAGAAUAGACAAAGUUAAAAGCGACAGGGUCUUAUCUUAAUAUGAUACCAAAUUCUCCGAACUGAUUUACAACGUAACUUUUAGCAGUCAGAAGAGAGACUCUACCGACCAUAUCGUUAAGGUCCCAGCAUAAUGAAGCAGUCUGAAUCACGAGGCAGGUAUAAUUUGCAUUGUGUUUAUUUUCCAGACCGCACGACCCGUUUUAGCAAAUCAAGAGGUUGUCGAUCACAUGGUUAAAGACGUUGAGAAGCUAGACAAUGGAAACAGUGCAAGACAAACUGUUCACACAAAGACUGAGAAGGAAUGCGAGGAUGGGUUUGAUAAUGAAUGUAAGUAACAAAUGAAACCUUUCUACUCCAGUUUCAUCGUCUCCAGAAGCAUUUUUCACGAAAUUGAGGCGUUUGGUAUUUUAAUUUUUCUUUUUGUUGCCUUGCAUUGACCUUUUUAGUUCUCCAAGAUUUCGUGGAACUGCUGCGGGAACAAGCUCCUUUGGAAUCUUACGUGGAAUGGCUAGAUAGACUGGUCGAGACAAAGAUUAUUAGGGUACGUUAUCACCAUGCGUACAUGAUGUGCACUUGAUGCACAUGAAAUGAGCAUGUGAUGAGCACGCAAAGUCGGAAACUGCGCAAAUAAACUACCUGCUCUUUCAGAGGUCAGAAGGAUUGGCUAGAUAAUUUAAUUGAGGGCUGUAAAUUUAACAAAAAUCUGAUAUAGUAUUAUUUCAAAAAGUAUUUGUUCUCUUGUUUGUUUUUAAUUCUUAAUGAUAAUCCACGUUGCAUACUAUUGCAGCCCUGCGAAGGCACUAGUGACGACUUCAAAAGCCGAGCCCAGGAGUUUCUUUUAAGAUGGUCAUUCUUAGGAGCGAGGCUGAUGCACAAUCUUACGCUGAACGCCUCGACGCACUUCGGUUAGUACGCUAAACUUAGAAAAUCUUUACGUAUGGGCGAGGUUAUCCGCUCAAGUUAUCGAUUAUCCCCUGUGAAAUAAGAAGCUUUAACCGUUAUCCGAAGCUGUGUCACAUUAUUAGCUUAACCUUUGCGUUUUUGUUGCGUGAAAGGCCUGUAGCUCUCGUUAGUCGGGUCCAAAGUCACCAAAAAGAUUGAAAAUAGCUUUCACUGCAAAAGCAAACCAUAUAAGCCGUCUUUAUUUUAACUUUACUUCUAAAAGAAAACCCAACUCAGGAAAUCGUUUGAACAGACAACCAAGGCACUCAGUUUUUGCUAUUUGCUCUUCAUAUAAAAAAUUCUUUAUUGGCUCCGUACUCAGAAUUUUUGCACACCAACACACUUUUAUUUCUUUAUUUCACUCAUGCCGUAAUGCGCCUCUCGAUGCUUUGUUUUGCUAAAAAUUUCUUAUUUAUUUUAAGGUUCAUUUCACCUCAUCAGAAUGCUUCUUGAUGAGUAUAUGCUGCUCGUUAUUGAAACAAAAUUCUACAACGAAACGGAGGAGAAGCUACAAGAAAUGUUGGACAGGCAUCUCAAAAUGUGUGAGCGGUUAUCCCUACUAUUACGGAUAAUGUCUAGCUAAAUGAAAAUGAAAAGUCGCCAUACCGGGCUCUUGGUUUUAUAUUUUACAUCUCAGUAGCGGUAAGAGAAGAUGGUCUUGAAGCUUUAUCCGUAAAGUUCUAAGUUUAUCACUCUUUUCUUUUAUUUCUCUUCUUCAGGUGAGGGAGUCGACAAAGAAAAAUCUCCGCUUCGAGUACAAACCGUUGUGACAAAAACAAAGUUCACAGUUCCCGAUAGCGUUGUACUCAACGGAGGCAAACUGCCUCCUAAGAUUGAAGUCGAAGAACCUGAAUACACUUGUCGUCCGUCCAAUCGCAACAAGCGGACGAAGUCACGUGAUCACCUAAAUGGCGUGAAACCAAGGCCCAAGAAACUGUCCUCUCAUCGCCUGAGCGCAUGCUCUAUGAUGAGUGAACCGAUGUCGCCUGCGAUGAAUGGUUUCCCACCUACACCGCUGGAGUCGACCGCCUUUAUUAUGCCGUCUCCUAAGGAGAAUUACUUUUCUGGUCACAAUGGAAUGCCUCAAGCGCCUGUGCUCACGCCACCUGUGUCACCAGCGGUUUCGACAGGAUUACCCAGAAACGCUCUAGGGAACAGCAACUUCUCACAAGUGACGUACACAGCCUUAGGCGAGAAAAAGCAGCCUUGGGGAUAUGCCAUACACGGCGAUGUAAACCCUUCAUCUGAGGCGAUUGACAGCCUGGUUGCGCAGCACUUCAAUAACUGCGGGCUCGGUGGGUUCGUGGCGCCAAAUCGGUACCAGGCUCCGGCGACUAACGAGAGUUGUUACAUGGCUAAUGUAAGUUAAGGGCGAGUGAAAUAGUACAAUCACUCUCUUCAGACAAAUUAGAGCGAGUGGUCAUUAAGAUUUUUCCUUAGUCUAGCUCAGUGUAAGCCGUUGAAUUAUACUCUAUUGAUUCUAUGCCGCAUCACUGUUAUUCAUUUGGGCUGGUAAGAGUUUUGAUAAUAGAUACACUAGAAUUUGAAAUCCUGUGUUAGAUCGUUAUUGUUAUUGUAGGUUUUUUAACCAAAGAAAUGCAUAUUAUAUACAGUAUUUAUCCUUGCUAGAUCAGAGUUUAGAAAAACAAGUAACUCGCGUUUUGGAUUUCAAUGAGCUCGUAACCUAUUCCCUUUUUUCCCAUUCUAGGGCUAUGAUCACAGUCAACAGUACGUUGAAAAUGGUACUGGUCAUUCAGGUCCCUCGCCAUAUCACGCGAUGAUGAAUCACGCAAACGUACCUUAUCCACAAGUAAUGCAAGGCUACUAUAUGCCAGUCACGCAACACGCAUCACGCAAUCACGUGGAGCACGUGAGCACAAGCGCAGAAGUUCCUUUGAUGGCCUGCAGUAUGGUUUACUCUGAAGCGCCAGGAAUGUUGGAUGAGGGAGUCGGGGUCGGGGAGCACACGGACGAAAAUGAGGAAUACAUCAACAUGACAGUCCACAAGCUGUUUAACGGCGACUGUGAGUUGGAAAAGAUGGAUUGUGUUGAUGAACCAGGAAUACUUCCUUCUAUCAAUUCACUUCUUACAGAAGCAGCCAUUUAGAUAUCACAAAGAUAGAAACUGAAAAACUUUUUUCUUCGAAAAAAUGUACAGAAACAAAUCCAGAGGAUAUUUUGCGCGAUCUUCUUAUCACUUACGGCUUGAAUAUGGCAAUUUCGAGAGUAAAUUCCAACAAUUUUAUUUGAUUAACUUUUUUCGCGCUGGAAAUUCCCUGAAAAAACUAAUCUUGGUCAUUUUGAAACAGCAUUUUUUUGGAUAAACGGACCCAAGGAGAUCACUCAAAACUUCUCAACUUUCCUUGUAAUAAUUUUAGAAAAAACGUUCAGCAUAUUUUGGAGAACAGCACGUCAUGAAGUUCUCAUCGGCAACUACAGUUGUCGAGCUCGUUCAGAUUUACUCUCAAUUAUCUAUAACCUGUCAAAAAUUCACUGAUGAUAAAUUAUGAUUCAAACGUAAUAGAGAGUCGUGUUCAGAAUCUCUAAAAUAUUCACCAAAAAUUUGCAAAAUUAUCGGCUUAAUUGUAUUUCAAUCAUUCGUUUAGGUGUCGCUUAUCCCUGUCAUAUAAUUGUUUUUGUUAUCACUACGUAUGCUAACAAGUUAGAUAGGAAAUUAGAUCAUGAUUUUAAAUUUUGAUUUUAGUGGUUAAAUGAUAUAUCACAUAUUUGAAAAUAAGGAUGAAAAUAAUUCUGAGAUGAACGAAUGAAAAUGAUUGAUAAGAAUUAGAAAUUUCAAUGAAACACAUUUUGUAAAAUAGGAAAUAUCAUGAAGCGACAUAAUUUUAUACCGUAGCUUAUUUUUGUGUAUAUUUCAUAUUUUAUAUGGCUGUAAUUUUGUAUUUUAAACACUUGUUCCUACUCCGACUUUAGUUGCAUUACAUGUUCUUUUGUAGACGAAAAGUUCAAGGAAUAUAUUGUUAAUAAAAUUGAGAC